AUGUUCCGUUUCCAUAAAACCCUCGACAUCAUCACCCUCUUCCACAAGGCCGGCGCGCCAGCCUCGCAGAGGGUUGCAACAAUCCUCAAGCAAGCUUCCGCCAACGCCACGGCCGGCGCGACCGAGGACCAGGCCAGCGACCACACUGCUCAGACUCAUCCCAAGCGUACCGAGUUCGAGCUCAACAUCACCGAGGAUCUUCCCACUGCCGAUCAGGUCAAGACCAUUCUCGAAUAUGUUGGCCCCAGCAAGGUGUCCAGCAUCAUUAGCGGUGCUGCGAACGAGAGCGAAGCCCUGAAGAAAUUUAAGCUGGACAGCAGCACCUUCCAGAGGCCUGUGGUUGUGGACUGGAACAAUGGCCGCGCCACCGCCGACAGCAAUGAGUCCGAGAUCCUCAAACUGGUGAACGCGCUCAACAAGGGCAACUAG